UUACUCACCCACUGACGUCACACGGGACGAAAAGAAAAGCGAAGACCAAGAGUGUUUAUUUAACGAAAAAGGAAUCAACAACAUAAACAUCACAAAAAACCAAGAAAUGGCAUCACCCCCAAAUUAUUACCGGAAAAAUGACCACCGUAAGGGCAGGGAAGCCAUCACCAUGCUGAAUCAACUGCAAAAUUUCUCAGGCAGCCCCGCUGUUCGCUUCGAUCGUUGGAUUAAGCUUUUCGAUAACGUCGUAGCCAUGUCAAACUGGGACAAUGCAGAAAUAAUCAGUAUGCUAUCAACUAAAAUGUCGGGCGAAGCAUACGACUUACUACAAAACAUCUUGGAAUCCAGCGAUACUUACGAAUACGAAGAUAUCAAGAAACUCUUCCAAGAAAACUACCAUGGAUCCGAAGACAUUGAUUUUUAUCAAAACCAAUUCGACGAGAUACAACGGAAGCCAAAAGAAAAUAUUUUAAAUUAUGCCUACAGACUUAAAACGCUAUACACACGUGCCUAUCCCUCCAACAACCAGGAAACACCCGAAGAAAAAACCACGCAACUAAGAUUACUUCGACAAAAAUUUUUGCAAGGACUGGAACCAGAACUUCAAAACAUCGUAAGACACAAAUCAGUAUCAACAUUCGAAGAACUUGUAUCUAUCACACAGAAGUACGCAAAGCGCGUCCAAUCGGAUACGAUAGAAAAAGACAAAAGGAUAUUUGUUAACGCGGUAGCUAGCACUCAAAACGAAACAGCUAUCCUACAAGCAAUCGAAAAACAAAGUGAACACAUAAACUCAAUCGCAUCCUGCCUGAAAUUAGCCACCACUGAACCUGCUCUACAAGAAACAAGCACAUCGCCCGACUUGAGCGGAAAAAUUGACCGUUUAACGGACGUCAUAACAAACCUCGGCAGCAUCAUGCAGGCUAGCAUUCGCCAAACAAAUGAGAUACGUCAACCCCCCAGAAAUAACUUCAGCUAUCCCCCGAACCAAUCAAGACACGGAAAUUUCUCAAACCACGCCCCCCAAAACAGUUUCAACCGCCAAGGCCCAAUGAACGGGUUCCGACAACCAGUCGGCAACACUUUCGGCAGGCCUAACGAAAAUAACUCAGGUCAGCAACCUUUCCAACGAAAUAGGGCAACGCAAAAUGCCGCUGGCUGCUCAAACUGCGGCCUUACCAACCACAGCAUCGAAAGUUGCUUUCGAUUUAUAAAACCGCAAUCGACACCAGAGACGCCACCUACCUGUUACUUUUGUCAACAAGUAGGCCACGUAGCGAAAUUUUGCCCCGAGAAGAAAAACUUAAUUAAGCCUAACGAAACUGACGCUUCACCGAACCAGGGAAACGAAUAAAGGCCAGCCGUAAAAUGGGGUUAACGGAGAAUAGGUCAUUAAGCCCCAAAACCAUACCAUCAGUCGCAAAAAUUACAGCUUUCAGUAAAUCAGCAGCCCCUCGACUUUCUGUGAAAAUUCACGAUAUUCCGUUUAAAGCAUUAUUCGAUACGGGUGCAGCGCGGAGCCUUUUACAUAUAGAUAUUUUUAAUCGGAUAGCGUUGGAAGAGCAAGUGAAUU